CAAUUGCGUAGGGGUGAAAGGUCGACGGAGAACUGCGAAGGCAAGAUCUGAGUCUUGAAGGGAGCUUUCUCACCGUCACUUGCCGCAUCAGGCUACAGGACUGAGUGAGGUAUAAACAGCAUUCCUUGAGACUGUAAUAAUAUGGCUGUCAGGAUUAUUUUGAGUGGAGCAAGUUCAGUUGGUAAAACCACUGUAGCCAAUGACUGGUGCUAUAAACAUAAACAUUUUGUACACAUUGAAGAGGUUGCUCGAGAUGUUAUGCGUGAGCGCUGCAUUACACGUGAUGAUCUGGAAGCAUCACUUUUAUCAGAAGAGAAGCAUGUUUUUCUUGAAUUACAAGGUGCCAUUUUAAAAGAGCAAAAUAAGCGUGAGUUAGGUGUUCCAAAGACUCAAUCAUUUAUCUCUGAUAGGGGACCAGACCCCCUCAUAUUUACUAAUCAGUAUGUUAGCAGUGAUGCAGCUGAUAGUCUAGCUAAAACACCAGCAGCUCUGGCUUGUCUGGAGAGAUACCGCAGCUCACUGAUGUUUGUACUAUGUCCUCUCGAGAAACCGACGGAUGAUGGCUUUCGUCUUCUCCCCACCACUGAGGAGCAACACAAGUUUACUAGUCUUCUGCGUAAGUUUCUUGAUAGGUACCGUGUACCUCAUAUCUACAUCAGUGAAACUGACCACCAUCGUAGGAUGGCUUUAAUUACAAACGCAGUGAAUGGGGAAUUCCAAAUUCAACUGGAUUUGACGGGAAAAUGCUACCCUCUCAUUGUACCGUUCACACUAUGUGAGCCGCCAUCUCAUCAGAUGGUUUCUCUCCGUGAAUUACGAUUCUCAACAGACCAAGUACAGUGUUCGUUGAAAAGGUUCUCA